AGGUAACUGAGCCUCCGGCAACCCUUUGCAACUAAUAUUGAGAUGGAAAAAAGAGAAAUCUGGAGAUGCCAUGGAUGUAGUCGUGGAUCACGAGGACUAUUGAUAAUCAGGUACACACAUCCUCUUUUAGUAGGUCUUUCAUGUUAUUUGAGUUUCAUCAUCUUCAUCGUAGAUCAUAUAUGAUCCAUGUACGUCGCCUCUUUGCGUGGCGUGUAUUUGCAUUUGUUGUCUUCUCCCUCAAGCUAUGUCACCUGCACCUGUACACCUUCCCAAACAACUUCUCGAGGUUUUCGGCCUUUGCGUUCUUCGCUGGAUUGAAUGGAAGCCUGCGACAAUGACCAUGAACUUAGAUCUACUUCGUAUUUGUUGAGACUGACCGAAUAUUUACAAUCAUGAACACAUAGCUAAUUUCAUCAUCUGCUUUUGAUGUGCGUAUGACUGUUUAU